AUGCUCCGCAACCACUAUGUUAUCUCUCCGGGAGAAGCGUCGACACUCAGGACAUCCAUCCAGGAGAUCGAUAUCCACCUCAGGAGCCUGGACGCGCGUCUGUCCCGCCUGAUUACCGAGCUCGUCGAGACGACUACCCAACGGAAUGCCCUGCUGGACCAGCGGACCAAGCACCUCAGCCCGCUUUCGCUUUUGCGAUCUUUACCACCCGAGGUCCUAGGAGAAAUAUUUAUGCACGCCGCGCUGGAUGACUCUCAGACACGUCUACGGUUGUCUCACGUAUGCCGACACUGGAGGAACGUCGUCCUUCGAAUACCGUCCCUGUGGUCAACCUUGGAUUUUAGCGACCAGGAGAACACCAGAGAGCCAGUUCCACCAUCGAUCGAACAAACCAUUUCACGCGUCUCACACGCUGGUAGCCUACCCUUAACGCUGAAGUACGAACCCUUGAGGUCUCCUCCAUUGGCCGAUUUUCGAUGGGGAGCCCGGGAGCGGAAGGAGAGGGAGGCCGCGCUGGUCCAGACCCUGUUCAAGGUCGUCAACAAGGACAGGUGGAAGAGCCUGUCGAUUACAAGCCAAAAUCCUGUUGACCUCCAGCACGUUUUCAGUGGGUACUACGUCUGGGAUAAACUUGAAAAUCUUUCGCUUGUUGCAAGACACGCUUGGGCGGCGGCAACAAAGAUCCACGGUGGCGAUGCUUUCUGUUUACCGCGCCUCAGAAGGCUCUCCCUUCACCUUGAUCGCCAGGACAUUGACAGCCACACAAUUGAUGGGCGGCCAUUUACGAUACCCUGGUCGCAACUAACGGCACUGGAUCUCAAGACUGACUCCUCUCCCAAGGAGUAUCUCGACAUUCUACGUGAAUGCGUUCUGCUGGAACAAUAUACCUUGGCCUUCGACCUCCCCGAUCCGUUCCUCAACAAUGCUUUCGACCCGCCAAUCUCGAUGGGCAAGCUUCAAGAGUUUCGGUUGUCGAGCAGCGAGUUCCCAAUCAAUUUCUUAUCUUCCAUCAAGACUCCUGUCCUUCGCAGGUUCGAUGGACAGCUUGCAGGAGCUCCGCAUCCAGACGACAGAGCGGGCCUCACAGGUGGAGACGCUCCUCAAAGCUCUCACCCUCUCAGCCGAUGA